AGAGGGAAAGAGGGAGGGAAAGAGGGAGAGAGGGAAAGAGGGGCGUUACGCAAGCAGAGACACCGUGCCGAGAGCCCCUCUUUGAUCCUCGCAUCGGACAGAUGCCACGCCGGCUCCGCCAGAACCACCGGACUCUCUCUCCCUGCGUCUCCGCCGGAGAUCUGCUCCUCUGUGGCUCACCGCUCGUCCCUCUCUGCUGACGCCCCCCCCCCCCCCCUGCCUCCCUCUGCCUCCCGGUGUACGACGGCAGACCGGCACCACAGACCGGGAGCAGCGUGUCUCUUCAGGGGGAAGGAUGAGUCCGGAUGAAGGGGUCGCAGCGGUUCUUGAAGGUUGAGAGACCCUCACCCCGGGGGUGGGGGGGGGGUCGUCCGACCGGGUGGGCACCGGUGGGCUGUGUCUGAGUCCCGCAGUGCUGCCGAGUUGCAGGUUUUGAGGCGGAUCAUCUCCCAGGACGUCCGACGAGCGGCGCGGUGAACCAGAAGCCCUGAAGCGUCCAUGAUGUCCCGGAGUCGAUCGAGCGGGGGUGGCUCCUCCAGCCUCCCCCAGUCCUCCAGCCUCCCCCUCCCCACCAGCUCCGUCUCCCCCAAGAUAGACGCCGUCCGGCAGCAGCAGCAGCAGCAGCAGCAGUACACCCCCCUGCCUGCCCACCUGGCCGCUCAGCUCCAGCGCGCCAGGAGCCGCUCGUUCUACGGCUCGUCUCCGUCGUCGGCGUCGACCACGCCCUCGGCGGUGGACGUUCUCCAGAGAGCCGCUCUGAAGAACCAGCUCCUGCAGGAGCAGCAGCAGCAGCAGCAGAAGGGCCUCCCCGCUGCUGCUGGGAAGGCUGGUGGUGGUGGUGGUGGUGGUGGUGGUGGUGGAGGUGGUGGGGGUGGUGGUGGGGCCGGGCGGCCUCAGAGAGCCACAGGGACGCGCUCGGCCUACAGCAGCCCCCAGGUACCCAAGAGGGAGGUACCGCGCACCAAGGACACCUUGGACCUCCGCGGGGGGUCCCUCCCCCAGAAGAGCCUGCGGGGAGAGGACCACCAGACCAGGAGGAACACCAACCAGAACUGGACCUUCGGGAAGUACCGGCUCCGGAGCGUGGACAACGCGGACAGCGCGGACCCGUCGGCGGCGUCCCGCGGCGUCCUGGCCCAGUCGUCGGCGCCACCGCCGCCGCCCCAGUGCCGGGCCGGGAACGGGAACGAGACGCCCCCCGGGGGGAGGAGACACAGCCACAAGGAGAGCGGCAACCUGCUGGCCAACCAGACGGGGGCCGUCAACAUGGCCGCUGUCGCCCCCUUCAGGUUCAGCAGGCUCCAAGUGACCGAGGAGACCGACCCCUCUGUGGAUGACCUGAGUGACUGCUCCUCAGACUCCAUGGAGGUCUGCUGUGAGGACCUGGACCCAGAGUCCCAGAGGAAGCGCACGGUGCAGAACGUCCUGGACCUGAGGCAGAACCUGGAGGAGACCAUGUCCAGCCUGCGGGGGUCCCAGCUCAGCCACAGAUGGGACGAGAGCAGCUCCAUCAGCAGCGGCCUCAGCGACGGCGACGGGGAAGUGUCGGACAACCUGAGCUCUGAGGAGUUCAACGUCAGCUCCUCGCUCAACUCCCUCCCCACCACCCCGCUGGGCUCCCGACGCAACUCCUCCAUCAUGCUCCGUACGGAUGCAGAGAAGCGUUCCCUGGUGGAGAGCGGUCUGUCCUGGUACAGCGAGGUGGGCAAGCCCGGCCGCAAGCUGGACCCGGGGGGCGGCGUGGCGGGGGGCUACGAGACGGGCAGCCUGAAGACGGAGGCGCCCAGCAAGUGGAGGAAGAAGCCGCCGCCCCCGCCGUCCCACCCGAGCGCCGGCGGUGGCGGCGGCGAGGACUGCACGGCGUCGCUGACGGGGGUCCGGGGCGAGAUGGCCCGGAAGCCCCAGAGCCUGGGGGGGCAGCCGGGGAGCCUGAAGAAGGGACGCAACCCCCCCGUGGGGGUCACCUCCCCCAUCACACACACCUCUCAGAGCAUGCUCAAAGUGGCAGUGGCUCCUUCCAAGCCCCUCGAUAAGUCCAAGAUGUCGGUGAGGACGGCCGGGCUGCAGCGGUCCCGCUCCGACGCAGGCCGGGACCACCACACCGAGUACCGCAAGCCCCCCUCCGGCCUCACCAAGCCCUCCGCCGGCACCUCCUUCGGCUACAAGAAGCCCCCCAUGGCCACGGGCACCGCGGCCGUGCUGACAGCAGGGGGCGCCACCCUCUCUAGUGGCUCCUCCACCCUGGGCAAGACCCCCAAGACCUCGGGCAUCCCCGUGAAGCCCCCGGGGGCCCCCACCGGCCGCAAGAACAGCUUCGACGCGGGCAGCGAGCAGGGCUUCGGCCCCCACUCCCGCAACAGCAUCCAGUACCGCAGCCUCCCGCGGCCCGCCAAGUCCAGCACCCUCACGCUGAUCGGACGGCCCGGGGCCCGGCCCGUCAGCGGCGUCAUGGACCCCGGGCUGCUCAGCCUGAAGCCCGUCCCCAUGGCCUCCUCCGGGCCCCGCAUGAAGGACACCUGUGGAGGUGGAGGGGGAGGAGGGGGAGGGAAGACGGGGCGAAGCGGCUCGGGCCCGGGCGUGAACCAGACGGACCGGGAGAAGGAGAAGGAGCGGGCCAAGGCCAAGGCGGAGGCGUCGGACAUGGACUGCUGCUCGCUGAAGGGGGAGCGCGGCGGGCGCGCCGAGCCUCCGGGGGCGGGGGAGUCCACCGUCAAGCUGCACGGCCUGAGGAGAACCGGGAGCGGGAAGUACCCCGAGCUGUCGUCCCCCACCACGCCCAGGAUGCUCCACUCCAAGUCUCUGGGCCGGCCCCCCAGCCUGGCCCACCUGGACAAGGUCAACUCCAACAGCCUGGACUCGUGCAUCACCAUCCAGGACCUGCCGCCCAAGGUGCCGCCCUACUCCAAGCUGGCCGACCUGGCGGGCUCUCGCUCCGCCACCUCCCCCACGGUGCCCCACCACCACCACCACCACCACCGCCUCACGCCCAGCCCCGCCCCGGUCCUCUACGUGGACUCCCCGGGCUGCUACACCAGCGAGAGCCUGAGCCUGGGCGCCUCGCCCCUGCUGUACCCCAAGCUGUCGGGGGUCCACCGCAGCAUGGAGUCCCUGCCCCUCCAGAUGAGCGUGCCCCCCGUCAGCCGCUACGCCAGCCGGGCCGAGGAGAGGGGCGCCGGGACCUGGGGCGCGGGGUCCCGGUCCGAGUGCCACGACCGCGAGGAGCGGGGCACGGGGACCUGGGGCGAGAGGAGCCGGUCCGAGUGCCACGACCGCGAGGAGAGGGCGAGCUGGGGGGCGGGCAGCAGGACCUCGCUCAACCUCCCUGAUUGCUUGCAGGUGGACAGGAACACCCUACCCUCGAAGAGAGGCUUGGAACGUUACAGCGCCAGCCUAUCAGAGAGCAGCGACGGCGGCAAGCAGGGCCGGCGCCACUCCCACACGGUGGCCAGCAUGACGGACAGCGGCAGCCCCCCCCUGCUGCCCUCGCCCACCCGCCUGCUGCACCCGUCCUCCGGCAAGGCCCCGCCCACCAACAUCGUCGCUCCCAUCACCUGUGCCAGCCCCCGGAUCGCCCGGUCCAAUAGCAUCGGCCCUCCCACUGACUCCGCCUACGACCUGUAUGGCUCCUCCCCUGUGGGCAGCAGCCUGUCCCUGGCCGACCGGCCCAAGAGCAUGAUGCGCUCCGGAUCCUUCCGGGAGGCCGGCGAUGACGUCCAUGGCUCUGUGCUGUCCUUGGCAUCUAACGCUUCGUCUAAUUAUUCAGCGAAUGAGGAAAGGAUUCAAGGGGAGCAAAUCCGCAAGUUACGACGAGAGCUGGAGUCCUCCCAGGAGAAGGUGGCCAACCUGACCAAUCAGCUGUCAGCCAACGCUAAUUUGGUCGCAGCGUUCGAGCAGAGUCUGGCCCUGAUGACAGCCCGCCUCCAGACUCUGUCUGACUCUUCAGAGAGCAAGACCGGUGUGUCGCCCCUCCAGGAGUCUGAGCUCAGCGAGCUGAAGGAGACCAUCGAGAUCCUGAAGACCAAGAACACGGAGGCCCAGGAGAUCAUACAGGGGGCCCUGAGCCACCCGGACAUGGCCCCGCAAGAGCUGGAGAUCAGGCGUGAGAACUCGUCGGAGAGCAUCACCAGUCUGAACAGCAUCACCAGCCACUCCAGCAUGGGCAGCCUGAAGGAGCAGGAGGCCAAGAAGAAGAAGAAGAAGAGCUGGCUGCGGAGCUCCUUCAACAAGGCCUUCAGCAAGAAGGGCUCCAAGCUGUCGCUGUCCUACGCCGACAUCGAGGAGAUCUCCACCCCGGAGACCUCGGCCCCCUCCUCCCCCAGGAUCCGCCACGCCCGCGACAUGUCCCCCCCGUCCCUGAAGAUCUCCGCCUCCGCCUCGUCCUCCUGCCUGGAUGAGGAGGGGGAGCCAGGGGAGGAGAAGGAGGUGUGCACCCUGCGCUCGGAGCUCUGGGAGAAGGAGCGCAAGCUGACCGACAUCCGCCUGGAGGCUCUGAGCUCCGCCCACCAGCUGGAGCAGCUGCAGGAGGCCAUGACCAGCAUGCAGAGGACCGUGGAGAACCUGAAGGCGGAGAACGACCAGCUGAAGACGGGCGGGCCCCCGUCGCCCACCCCCUCAGGGGGGGGGCCCUCCAGCUCGGCCUCCCAGUCCUCGGGCCUCACGGCCAUGGGGGGCACCUCGCCCCGCCUGUCGGCCCACCUGCCCAAGAGCUACAGCCGGGGGCUCAGCGACAGCUCCUGCUCAGACGUCUUCUUCCCUGCGGACUCCGUCAGCUCCUCCCUACAGAGGGACGACCACCGUGUGCGCGUGGUGGUCUGUGUGGCGGACCUCCAGGUCUUCAAGGAGGAGGUGAAGCAGCAGGACUUCUUCGUUGGUACCGUGAGAGUCAACGGGCGCAUGGAUUGGCCGAUGCUGGAUUCAGCCGUCAGUCAGGCUCUUAAGGUGUACAUCGCCAAGGUGGACCCCACGGCCAGCCUGGGCCUGUCCACGGACUCCAUCUACAGCUACAACAUGGGCCACAUCAAGAGGGUCCUGGGAGGGGAGGCCCCUGAGAGCCAGCCCUCCCGGUGCAUGUCCAGGGCCCCCACCAGCAUCACUGUGGCCCUCAAAGGCCUGAAGGAGAAGUGUGUGGACAGCCUGGUCUUCGAGACGCUGAUCCCCAAGGCGAUGAUGCAGCACUACAUCAGCCUGCUGCUGAAGCACCGUCGCAUCAUCCUGUCUGGGCCCAGCGGCACGGGGAAGUCGUACCUCACCACGCGCCUCGCCGAGUACCUGGUGGAGCGCAGCGCCCGCGAGGUCGGCGCCGGCAUCGUGGUCACCUUCAACAUGCACCGCCAGUCCUGCAAGGACCUACAGCUCUACCUGUCUAACCUGGCCAAUCAAAUCGACCGGGAGACGAGCACAUCGGAGAUACCACUGGUGAUCAUCCUGGACGACAUCAACGACCCGAUCUCCAUCAGUGAGCUGGUGAACGGGGCACUCACCUGCAAAUAUCAUAAAUGUCCUUACAUCAUCGGGACCAGCAAUCAGCCGGUGAAGAUGACUGCCAACAACAGCCUUCAUCUCAGCUUCAGGAUGGUGACGUUCUCCAACAACGUGGAGCCGGCCAACGGCUUCCUGGUGCGCUACCUCCACAGGAAGCUGAUGGAGUCGGAGGACGAGAGGAACCUGACCAACGAGGACCUCCUCCGUGUGCUGGACUGGGUGCCCAAGCUGUGGUACCACCUGCACGCCUUCCUGGAGAAGCACAGCACCUCCGACUUCCUCAUCGGGCCGUGUUUCUUCCUCUCCUGUCCCGUGACGGUGGAGGACUUCCGCUCGUGGUUCAUUGACCUGUGGAACCACUCCAUCAUCCCCUACCUCCAGGAAGGGGCCAAGGAUGGCUUCAAGGUCCACGGCGGGCAGAAGGCGCCCUGGGAGGACCCCGUGGAGUGGGUGAGGGGCAGCCUGCCCUGGCCCUCAGCCAAGCAGGACCAGGCCAAGCUGCUGCACCUGCCGCCCCCCAGCGGGCCCUCGGGGGGCCCCGGCCCCGCCAGCGAGCUGCGGCACCAGGAGACGCCCCCCAGCUCCAUGGACUCGGACCCCCUGAUGGCGAUGCUCCUGAAACUACAAGAGGCGGCCAAUUACAUCGAGUCCCCAGACAAAGAGGACCCCAGCCUGCCUCGACUUUAAACACAGAGUCCUCAACGGCAUCACUGUUCUGCGUUUCAUUUGCAGCUUUUAUUGUCAUUUAUUUUCUUUUUUUUUAUGGGAGACAAAAAAACAUCGGCCGUUUAAAAUUCUCUAGAAGCUGUUGCGUUCCGUUGUGUUUGUCCUCUAGGGGCCACCGUAGCCCUCAGUUCCAUCAGACAGGUGCUCUCCUUCCUGUAAGCUUAGUUCUUAUUCGUUGUCUUUAGGCACUAAAUCAGGUGAUUCCUGCAACAGCACACGGUGCACCCGCUACACAGCAGGACAAUUCACCGAGUCUUAACACACGGCGACUGGCAUCCACACGUAGGAAGAGUACGACAGCAUGAGAGAUGUUCAGCUCGGAACGCAUGGUCCUCUAUAAAAAACAUAUCCCAGUUAUCAUGCCUUCGAUGGCCAGCUGUUACACAUAUGCAACCAGUGGCGUCCCCCCCGACCACAAGCAGGUGAAGGUUUGUCUGGGUUCAGUCAAACCGCAUGCCUUAAACGCCAGGACUCGGCAGAGUCAGCUUCGAGCAGGUCACGGUGCUUAGGCGAGCGCUGUCAUCCCGUCUGCUGUCGACUCUUUAACACCCAAACCACGGCGAGGAUGACCCCCUAAUAUCUAUCAGCGGCGGACGACCCCGGUCUGCUCGCGUAGCCCGUGAUCUCGCACGCUAGCCGUGCUCGUGUCACAAGUGCCGUCGUGCUCGUCUGCGUGAAACCCCCAGCGAACUUCUAGGCUUCUCUCUGUGCCCCUUUGCCCCGUAACCCUGUGUGUUUCCUGUUCCUGUUCCUCUGCCAUCGCCGACUCGAUCCAACUCAGCAGUGUUUGACACUAAGGCCAUAUGAAUCAGGUAUACAGUAUUACUUCAGUCUGUACUCGGACAUAGGCACGCCACAUCACACCGGAGGUACAGCCCCAGCCGAUGCAAUUUGCAUCCCAUCUCGUCUCUUCCUGAGUGUUUCUUUUUAAAACCCAUGCCCUAGAUAUCAUAUAUUGGUCAUGUUGUUCAUGUGAAGAUGAUCUCUCAUCGCUAUAUGAGUUGUUUUAUUUACACUAGUUGCAUGGUGCGAAUAUCUAAUAUGCUGAACCAAAUACUGUAGGUCCAUCUCGUGUUUUUUGGACGGUCCGGUUUGGUUUUUUUCCAACGUUUUUCACCUUGUAUGAAUGUAUAGGUUUGAUUUAGAAACACACUGCCAUCUGACCACUUCAACCAUUCUGAGUGCUUGUAAAGAAGAGCCUUAUUAUUGUUAUGAUUCUGAUUCUGAUUAGUAAUUGUAUUAAUAGUAUUAUAAGCGGCAGUGUGCAAAUAGCAACCAUAACAGACAUGAGCAUUUUUUCUACGUUUUGGGGGAAUUGAAAGCCAUCUUUCCCCGCUUCAUUCAACACAUAUUUGCUGCAUCUCUUGUCCAAUAACCAUACAUAUAUAAAAAGCUAGGUACUUAUUUAGAUACUUGGGUUCUCUUUCACAAAAUGUACCAUUCAAUAUAGUGUAUUUACAGCCAGGUAAGCUACAAAAUAAAAGUCAUUUUUAUAAUUCCUUUGAAAAGUGUUAGUAGGAGACGGUUCUGUUUGAACAGAUCUAAGGCAUAAAGUUUUGUUCACUUUAAAAAAGUAAACUUGUUAAAAUAUAUAAUGUGGCACAUCGUUGCGGUGUUGAUGGUUGUAAAGUAUGUUUAAAGAAACAGUGGUACGCAGAACAUGCUCUCGUUCUAUGGAAAGUCGAGAGAAAUCUUUGGUUUUAAAAAGCCACAAUAUGUGACCCCCACAUGGACGUUUACUUCAAUGUAGCCUACUUAGUGUAAUUAUUAUUUUAUACUCAAAAUAAGGUUCUAAUAGAUGACAAAGGGCGGUCCAAACGUGGGCUAUGGUGUUUGUUGCCAUCCAAAAUGUCGUUUGUCCAUUCCAUGUGUCGUCAGGCCUGAGAUUUUUCACUUGUGUACAUACAUAACAACCUAAAAGAAUGUCGGACCGAUCUAAAUGUAGUUAAAAAACUGCUUUAUAAUUUAACGGCAUAGCCAAACUACAUUUACAGAGCUUCUUGGUUUAUUGUCUUUGCACCUUUGCAUACACCUAACGAUUGUUUUACCAUUUAACUUCUGCAGCUGACUGCCCUUCUAACUAAAUGACCCCCAUUCCGAGCUACCUUCACGUGACCCAAUGAUGCCAAGCCUUUAGCGGCUCCUCUGGCUCCCAAUGAAAAGAGAAGCUUGUCCUUGUAAAUACUUGAGGUAGUCCUCAACGCCCCCACCUUAAUUGAUGUUAGGAUAGGCCCCCCCCCAUGCAGGAGUCACCCCCUCUUGUGUCACCAUCGUCACAUUCACUGGUUAUUGUGCCUGUUGCUCUGUGAUAGCUGUGACGUGUGUUUGGUUUGAACCGACUAAAACAGCAACUUCUGCCAGUGUUGGUGAUCGCUAGUCUGGGAGUAGUAUCGCGUCCACCAGGUGUAGGACGGAGAUCUCUGGACCAAAGUGGAUUUGCAGUACAUGCAAAGAGUGUAAAGCCUUAUUGAUGAUGAGUGGCAGCGUGGUUGCAUGAAAUGUGACUGGAACAAGGUGCAUCAUGGUCUUAAUUCUCUUCAGUGGCCGUGAAGGGGAGAUUAAACACUGACUUGACGAUGGAAAUAGACCUCUACAGUUGAGGUCCCUGCGACUCUGGUUGCAGUUAGGAGUGGAGAUGGGGUGGGGGUGGGGGGGGGGCUGGAACAACACGUUGGAGCUCAGGCCAAUACAGGUUGCUGAAUAGUCAUCCUUUUAUCAAUCUUGUCGUGAACUAAAAAUAAGACUUACAAAUGUAACGCGGUAUGUGAAGUCACUUUGUGCAAAUGUGAUGGGUUUAAAAUCAAGUGUUCUCCAUGCAUGUAAAGUCGCGGUGUGACGAGGAGAUGUUGACCAUGUCGAGGCUUCUUUUACGGGGAGGAUUCCCAUUCCCAUUGUUUUUUCCUUUUUAAAAAAAACGGGAUAAUUGACCUUUCUUUUUUCUAAAGGAUCCUUUGUAAAACCUGAUUUCCCUAUUUUGUACAGGACACCACAGUUGUAAAGAUUGUAAAUAAGUUCUACAUACCGGAAGCGGCAACAAUCGUUCUUGAGGCUAAAAUAUGAGCUAUAUUUCAGAGUGACGGCAUGCGUCUGGAGACCUCUUCAUCCACCUCUCACUGUCUGUGGACGUCAAUAAAACAUGUCAUUAUA